AUUCAUAUAUCAAAAACAAUAUGGGUAUCAUAUAUAAGAUAUCAAUCAUCAAUUUUUUACUGUUAUUAUCAUUGUUAUUGGUUAUCAAAUUGGCCAGUACAGAUAAAGAUGAUUCUGAUACAGGACAGGGAGUUAAACUGUUUGGACCUAAAAGAGGAGCGUUUAAAAAAGCUAAACAAUUUCAUACGACUACUAUUAUUACUAUUACUACUACUACUASUASUAGUCUAGUAGUGACACAAAAAUUAACGAAGGAUAAAGUGUCCAAAAAAGGUGGUAAAAGUGCUAAAAUYACUAAUGAUAACCAAAAAGACAAACCCAGUAGCGUUUUAAUAUCAAAUAGUGUAAAUAAAAAUGACAAAAUUGGGACUAAACAAGAAUUUAUUACUCCUUUCUAUGCCAUCGAUGACGACGAAACUGAAAAGUUGGACAAAGAUAUAACAGAUUCAACAACAGAUACAAUAAGUGGUGACAAACCUGAGUUAAUGACCUCUUUUUAUGCCAUCGAUGAUAGUUCUGAAUCCAUCAAAUCGUCUCAAACGAAAACUGAAGACUCAAUACCGGAGAAUAUUGGCGAAAAUGUUGUCGGAGCUGAAGAUUUUCCCGCUYCGACAUCAAAGUUUGGUGUCAAGUCAUCCAAUUCAGAUAAAAGUGAUGAUAGCUCUGAAUCCACACCAACUUUAUCUAUAAAUGAUGACAAUCGAGAGUCGACUACAUCUUUCUAUGCUAAUGAUGACAAUGAAGAGUCGACUACAUCUUUAUCUACCAAUGAUGACAAUCGAGAGUCGACUACAUCUUUAUCUACCAAUGAUGACAAUCGAGAGUCGACUACAUCUACCAAUGAUGACAAUGAAGAGUCGACUACAUCUUUCUAUGCUAAUGAUGAUAAUCAAGAGUCGACUACAUCUUUAUCUACCAAUGAUGACAAUCGAGAGUCGACAACAUCUUUCUAUGCUAAUGAUGACAAUCAAGAGUCGACUACAUCUUCAUCAACCAAUGAUGACAAUGAAGAGUCGACUACAUCUUUAUCUACCAAUGAUGACAAUCGAGAGUCGACUACAUCUUUAUCUACCAAUGAUGACAAUCGAGAGUCGACUACAUCUUUAUCUACCAAUGAUGACAAUGAAGAGUCGACUACAUCUUUAUCUACCAAUGAUGACAAUCGAGAGUCGACAACAUCUUUCUAUGCUAAUGAUGACAAUGAAGAGUCGACUACAUCUUUAUCAACCAAUGAUGACAAUGAAGAGUCGACUACAUCUUUAUCWACCAAUGAUGACAAUCGAGAGUCGACUACAUCUUUAUCUACCAAUGAUGACAAUCGAGAGUCGACUACAUCUUUAUCUACCAAUGAUGACAAUGAAGAGUCGACUACAUCUUUAUCUACCAAUGAUGACAAUCGAGAGUCGACAACAUCUUUCUAUGCUAAUGAUGACAAUCAAGAGUCGACUACAUCUUCAUCAACCAAUGAUGACAAUCAAGAGUCGACUACAUCUUUAUCUACCAAUGAUGACAAUCGAGAGUCGACUACAUCUUUAUCUACCAAUGAUGACAAUCGAGAGUCGACUACAUCUUUAUCUACCAAUGAUGACAAUCGAGAGUCGACUACAUCUACCAAUGAUGACAAUGAAGAGUCGACUACAUCUUUCUAUGCUAAUGAUGAUAAUCAAGAGUCGACUACAUCUUUAUCUACCAAUGAUGACAAUCGAGAGUCGACAACAUCUUUCUAUGCUAAUGAUGACAAUCAAGAGUCGACUAUAUCUUUAUCUACCAAUGAUGACAAUCGAGAGUCAACUACAUCUUCAUCAACCAAUGAUGACAAUGAAGAGUCGACUACAUCUUUAUCUACCAAUGAUGACAAUCGAGAGUCGACUACAUCUUUAUCUACCAAUGAUGACAAUCGAGAGUCGACUACAUCUACCAAUGAUGACAAUGAAGAGUCGACUACAUCUUUAUCUACAAAUGAUGACAAUCGAGAGUCGACUACAUCUAACAAUGAUGACAAUGAAGAGUCGACUACAUCUUUCUAUGCUAAUGAUGAUAAUCAAGAGUCGACUACAUCUUUAUCUACCAAUGAUGACAAUCGAGAGUUGACUACAUCUUUAUCUACCAAUGAUGACAAUGAAGAGUCGACUACAUCUUUAUCUACCAAUAAUGAUAUCUCUGAGACCACUAUAACUUCAGACUCUAAAUCUGAUAAUAUCAGCGAAAAUCUUAUCGAAAGUGAAGAGUUUUCUGAUUCGACAACAAAGUCUUCUAYAAAAAAGAAAUCAGAUUCCAAUUCAUCCAAUACUGAUGAUACAAAAGAUGACAAUUCAGAGUCGACCACAUCUUUCUAUGCUAAUGAUGAAAAUGGUGACACAGUUACCAUUUCUUCUGACGGUUCCAGUAUUACGAUUACCAGUAUUGACAACAAUAACAUCAAUAGCGACCAAAAAUCAUCAAAAGAAGAUACCAUAAGUGAAAGUACAGAAAAAAGUAGUAAUAGUACUGAUUCAGGUGAUGAUCAUAAUGGAGAUAAUAUUGAUGAUGAAACCGAUGAUGAGAGUACCAAACAUACUACUAAAUGGGAACCGGGUCAGUAUAGACCACUCAAUGAGGAAAAACUACUGACACAAGCAGUACAGGGAUAUGUUCAUCGGCUAAACUCAACUACAUUUUAUCGAACCAUUAAUAAAGCAACGAUUCUCUAUAAUCUUAUAAAUAAAAAAUGGAUGAAAUGUUUGUCGACAUCUAAGGAACAGAUCAGCAAAGAAUUGAUGGAAAGAUUACUUAUUAUUCAAUGGUAUAGAAGUGAUAGUAGUAGUAAUAGUGACAAUAUUUUGCAUCCAAAACUAGUGUUGAAACAGUUUAUCGAAAAUCAGAAAAAGUUUACUAACAAAUGUACAAUUAGUAAGCGUUCAGAGGAGCACAUGGAUCAUAUGCGCCAUUACCUUAGAUACGAUUUACCAAAUUUUAAGGAUACGUGGGCUCCGUUUGAUAGUCGCAAACAAAAGGGACUAUUCCUUAGACGACUGACCUGUUAUUUGGUGUCCAAAGAUUACGGACCGUUCACUAUAGCAGUCAUUUUCUAUAAUAUAUUUAUCGAUAAUGAUUUGUUGAAUGAAUUUGUGGUGAAAAUUAAAUUUUAA